UAACGGCAGUCCACAGUCCAUUUCUGUUGCACCGCACCGGCCUGGCACACAUUCGUUUCAAUCCUUUGCACAAAAUUUGCGUUGUUUAGUCUGCAGUGGGAAAGGCAGACGAAUGCUUGAUUAUCAUUUGCUGUAAAAAUUUUAACCGCUGCUUGCUCUUCAACCAUGGAUGAGAAGGAAGUUAGGAUUGCAGAACCGCAGCAGUCGCGAAAGGGGAAAGCUACGGUAUGGCUGGCUCUGUCCACCUUCUCCGUUUGCGUUGGGUCUUCCCUGCAGUUCGGCUACGGGACCGGCGUCUUGUCGGCGCCACUUGGCUUCGGGUAUUUGAAUGAUUUCUACAACAUGUCAAACUAUCAGCGCCGGGAAACGUACUUUGACAAGGAUGCAAUGAACUGGCUGCUGGCCUUCACCACUGCACUCUACUGUGUCGGCGGUGCUUUUGGCGCACUCCUCGGCGGUACACUCAGCGACAUCCUGGGCAGGAAGGGCGCCCUCCUCCUGAACAACAUUUUCUCCAUUGCUGCCGCGCUCCUGUUCGGCUUCAGCGGCGCCGACUACGCCAAUAAUUUUGAGAUAGUUAUGGUUGGGCGUCUCAUCAUCGGAUUCAUGGUUGGCUGCUCCAUCACUAUCGUGCCCCUGUAUCUGGCUGAGAUCUCCCCGGUCAAUCUACGCGGUGCUAUCGGUACUUGUCAUCAGCUAGCUAUCACCAUCGGCAUUCUCCUUGCGCAGGCUUUCGGUCUGUUCGUGUUGAACAAAGAGAACCAGUGGCCCAUUCUGUUGGCCCUCACUGGGGUGUUUUCGGGCAUCGAGAUCCUGACACUCCCAUUUUGCCCCGAGAGCCCCCGUUGGCUGCUCAUCAACAAGAACAAGCCGGAGAAAUGUAAAGCAGCUCUUAUCAGACUGAGAGGGGAUGAUGACGUGGAUCGUGAAGUUACAGAAAUGAAGGAGGAGGCCUUCAAGGAAUCAUCCACGCAAAAGGUGGGCAUGUGGUCUGUUGUUACCGCCAAGGAUCCAUCAUGGAGGAUGCCACUUAUCAUCAGUGUGGUAAUCCACGCUGGUCAGCAGUUGUCUGGAAUCAAUGCUGUGAUGUUUUAUGCAACUUACAUCUUCGAAGAAACAGGCAUGUCCACGCAGGAAAUUUCGUACGCAACAGUUGGGCUCGGCGGUAUCAAUGUGUUCAUGACUAUCAUAUCGGUCUUUGUUGUUGAGCGUGCUGGCCGCCGUAAGCUUCUCCUCUUCCCGUUUGCCAUCAUGGCCAUUGCGCUGGCAUUGCUGACUGUCUCCCUCAACCUACAGGCUUCCUUCGACUGGAUGCGCUGGCUGAGUCUGGUUUUCAUCUUCCUAUACAUCAUUAGCUUUGCUAUUGGUCCAGGACCCAUCCCUUUUGUGAUUGUUCCUGAGCUGUGGGCCCAGGGGCCUCGCCCGGCGGCCAUGUCCCUGUCGGUGCAGGUCAACUGGUGGUGCAACUUCGUCGUUGGUCUUUCCUUUCCAUUCAUUCGGGAUGGCAUUGGAGCCUACUCUUUCUUGGUCUUUAUGGGGUUUGUCAUUGUCACCACUAUCUUCAUCUUCUUCUUCAUCCCGGAGACCAAGAACAGGACCUUUGAGGACAUCUCCUCCAGUUUUGGAAGGAAGAAGGAGAUCAACCAAAAUGACUACGAGCUUCAGGAGAAUCAGUAGGGAGUCUCGAGUGCAGAGCUUUUUUGCGGGCCCACAUUUGUACGGCGUUGCUUAGCUGUUUGACAAGUUGGAGCCGAGUGCUUCCAAACUGUGCAUAACUGUAUGAGUUACAAGCUGGUAGUCAGUUUGCUUGGCAAAAUCUUCCUCAAGUAAACUUCCUCAAGCUACAGGAGGCUUCUUAAAUGAUAAAAGCCAAUUCUUUGAUUGGACUCAGGGAAAAAUGUGUAAAACCAUAGAUGUAGAAGGACUGUGGUGCGUCAUGUUCAACACUGGCUCUGAGAACCGGAACAACAAUGCACCCUGUGAGCCUAGCAAGAAAUGAUAUCAUGCCAUUUUAUACUCUGACAAUCACUGUAGCAUCUCCAAAGUCACGCUUACAAUCCUGGACAAAAUUAUUGGGAGACACGUCAACAGCCAUUCCAGAUCCCCCACUCCCCCGGUCAAUGUUGUCAUGUCGAGCUGGAGCGCAGACCCUGCAUUGAGACCCAAUACUGACGGGGGGGGGGCCUCAGGUGGGGGCCCAAUGAAAUUUGACCAGGAUUGUAGCGUGCGAUAAAAGUGUGUAGUGUGAUCAAUGAUCAUUUUUUACACCGUGCGGUAUUUUGAAGCAUUCAUUGUAAACGAUUCACCAGUAUGCACUUUUGGGUCAGUAAAUUUGUUCAUAGUACUGCUUAGUUUGCGUUCUUCAGAUAAUCUGCUGUCCCACUGCCACUUUGAGAAUAUGUACCCAUGUGAGUAAGUUGACUUCAGUAUGACCAGUGAUUACACUUACGCAUGUAGAUGCAUGAACGUACAUACAUUCCCAGUACUAAAUGUUUCACCUUGGAUUUAAAUAAAUGUACAGACUUCCUCUCUUCAAAGGGUAGGGUUUUGAGGGUUUUUACAUUGAGGUUAAAGCAUCUGAACACAUUUCUAAGUAAAUCACUCUGGGCAUUUUGAGUUUUAAGUUCAAACAGUCAACUGCUAAAAAUAUAAACGUAAAGACUUGAAAUCUUCAAUUUGAUAUACGGGCAAUGGUUGUACCAGUGUUUCCUGACUGAAUCCCCUAUUCUCUCUGCUAGUACUAGUUUGGUCAUUUUGCCCUGGAAUGAAAAACUGUACAUAUUCCCUUGAUCACUUAACCUAAUCAUAAUUAUUCAACUUACCAAAAUAAAUAGAACUAAUCUUCUAGAUAUUUUCUCAACAAAUCUGAUGCAUAUUGUCUGUUCUUGCACUAUUUAAAUAGCUGUCCUGAACCCGAGUGCAAACGUUUUUCGAUUUCGUUUAAAAGUACACCACCAAGUGAAAAUAAAUGUGGAAAUACUUUGAAUCACGACUUACAUUUUGUGUUUAUGGAUUUGAUUCUGUAAAUAUUAGAAAUUCCUGAAUUUGGGAUAAAAGUUGUAAUAGAAAGUGUAGAUAGAAAGUACUGUGACAAUGUCUAAAAAUCAGUUUGGUUCUCAAAGGACUGGGAAGCAAACAACCAAUUCUGCUGCUGUAUAUUCUUGUAACACCAAUUACUCUCCUCUUAACAUGUUUAAGUACGGUCUAAAAUAGCCUUGUGUACUGAUGAUGUCGCACUUUGCUUUAACACCUGUGCGGUUUCUAUGGGAACCGGGUGGGGAUGACAAGUUUGAAGCUCCACAGGAAACCAUACAUGUAAUCAAUGCGAGAUGGAGAUGUCAUCAGUACACAGGCCCGGGUAGUUGAAAACUCUUGGAACUUGGGUGUCUUUAGACAAUCAAUCCCGGUAAGAACAAGAGAUACAUGCAUUUGUAGCGGAAUGCACAUGUAAUACUGACUAGCUUUCUGUACUCUGAGGGUUCCCCCUACCUGGAACAUUACCGGAGUCUUGCAUGGGUGGUUUUAGUUCAGAAUCAACAAUUGUGAGCUACGUGUGCAGUUCCAUCAGACUAUCAGUGUCAGCUUGGGAAAUGUUUCAGUGUCUCUAGUGUCAGCCAAAUGAAAUUCUGUCGGUGUCAUUUUAGACGAGAACCCGUCUUUUUAUGUUCUAGUACAUGACUAAAUACAUGUUGAAAUAAAGUAUCAGGAAUCUGUAACUAUGUAGGUCAUCAGUGAUGAACUAUGCUGAAUUGCUGUGAUUGUUUUAAAAUGUGAUUUACCCUAACUUAAACUUUGAUAGGUGACCAUACCAAAGAUUAUUAAUGGAUUGUUGCAGUGUACAAUGCAAGAAUUAAAGUGAAAUGGUUAUUAUGUUUGAUAUUGCAUUUCAAAAUUUGAAAUAAAUGCAGAGUGAGGUUUUGCCAAACUCAGGGUCAUGUAAAAGACAAAACAA